AUGGAUUCUCAAUCAGAAGAUGGCAAUAGGCUUAAGCUAGAAGUAUCGCAGAAGUACAACGAUGGAGAAAACGAACAACAACCCACAACAGUAAUUACGGAUGACCAUGGAGAUCUCGCCUUUCCCGCCGCCGUUCCACGCCCGAUCCUGUCACCCGAGAGCCCAUUAUCGUCGAGAAGUCACAAAGAGGCUGUCACUCCCAACGCUGCCCCAAGCGAAGACCGUCAACCAACACGAGUUCAUUCACAACCUGUGCCCGUAUCAGAAACCCCUGGACAUGUAUUGUCAAAAAAGUCAUCAGCUCCCAAGGACCGACCCAAGCCGACCAAGACAUGGCAAACCGAACAGCCCAGGCGCGAUCAUCACCGCCAUCACUCAUACUUUCGACCCGGCCCAGCCAGGGCUGGCACAUCAUAUCUGAACAAAGCGAUUUGGGAAGGCCCCGAAAGUACAGCACUCGACUCUAGAAGAAGUUCGUCGUCAUCGUCCGACGAAGAGCAACGACCGAUCAACCGGCGGGAACCACCAAGUGAUGGAGACCGGAAGAAAGACAAGGCAUCACAUAAAGACCUUAGUGAUGAUAAAUAUGGUCACUUCAGCGUCGGUAACCAGAAUUACCAAACAUCUGGAAAGGUCAAGAAGGAUGGACGCUUGCGAAUCACUGUCAAUGAGACCGCAGGUACCGGAUAUCUUAGUAAGGCUCUCGGUGCAGCUGUUAGCAAGGUGGCACCCCCAAGGGUGGAACAAGCCGAAAAGCCAUCCAACUUGACAAUUCCCGAGAGCCCACGUCGAUCAUCCUCUGCGACAGCUGUGGCGGACCCAAGACCCCAGACACGCCUGAACAUUGUUAUCAUGGUUAUUGGUUCACGAGGAGAUGCCCAACCAUUUCUAAAAAUCGGCAAGGUCCUCAAGGAGGACUACGGACAUCGAGUACGCAUCGCUACACACCCAGCGUUUCGUGAAUUUGUGGAAAAGGAUUCGGGCCUCGAGUUCUUUUCAGUUGGGGGCGACCCAUCUGAACUUAUGGCCUUCAUGGUUAAGAAUCCUGGUUUGAUCCCGACUCUUGAGACAUUCAAGGCUGGAGAUAUUGGCCGACGACGAGCUGCCAUGGCUACUAUGUUUGAUGGUUUCUGGCGUGCGUGCAUUAAUGCCACAGACGACGAGUCGGACCGUCAGAACUUAAAGAUGAUGGGCGAGAAGAAUCCCUUUGUGGCGGACGUCAUCAUCGCCAACCCGCCAAGUUUUGCACAUGUUCACUGUGCUGAAGCGCUCGGAAUCCCUGUUCACUUGAUGUUUACCUUUCCUUAUACACCAACGCAAGCGUUUCCACACCCCUUGGCGAGCAUCAAGAACUCCAACGUGGAUCCAGGAUACACCAACUUCAUCUCAUACCCCUUGGUUGAAAUGAUGGUAUGGCAAGGGUUGGGAGAUCUGGUUAACGAAUUCCGUGUCAAGACCUUGGCCCUAGACCCGGUAUCAACUCUCUGGGCACCUGGUGCGACGUAUCGUCUGCAUGUACCUUUCACGUAUUUGUGGUCACCGGGUCUUGUACCCAAGCCACAGGACUGGGGCAGUGAAAUUGACGUAGCUGGCUUCGUGUUCCUCGACUUGGCCUCGACCUUUGAGCCACCAAAGGAAUUGGAAGACUUCAUUGCGGCUGGAGACACCCCUAUAUAUAUUGGAUUUGGCUCCAUUGUUGUCGAUGAUGCUGACAAGUUCACCGAAAUGAUCUUCAAGGCCGUUGAAAUGGCAGGUGUUCGUGCCUUGGUGUCGAAGGGCUGGGGUGGACUUGGAGGAGAUGACGUCCCAGAAAACGUCUUCAUGCUCGACAACACCCCUCACGACUGGCUUUUCCCACGAGUAAAAGCUUGUGUAAUUCAUGGAGGUGCGGGUACAACAGCCAUCGCGCUCAAGUGCGGAAAGCCAACAAUGAUCGUUCCCUUCUUCGGUGACCAGAAUUUCUGGGGCAAGAUGGUGAGCAGCGCAGACGUCGGCCCUGAACCGAUUCCCUACAAACAUCUAGACGCAGAGAAACUCGCAGAAGGCAUCGAGUAUUGUCUCUCGGACAAGGCAAGAGAAGCUGCGGAAAAAAUCGCUAAGCGAAUAGCAGAAGAGGGUGAUGGUGCUGAAAAUGCUGUCAAGGAGUUCCACCGACAGCUAAACCUCGAAUCUCCUAGCAUUCUGCGAUGCUCCAUCCUCAGAGACCGCACUGCUGUCUGGGAAGUCAAAGGAACCAAUAUCAAAUUGGGUGCCUUGGCUGCUGACAUGCUUGUUGAUAACGGACUUCUGACCUGGAAGCGCUUGAGACUCCUCAGGCAUAAAGAAUGGAAUGAUUUCGAAGGUCCUGGAGAGCCUGUCACUGGGAUUGCUGGUUCCAUUGCUAGCACAGUCGGUGAAGCAUUCCACGGCGUUGCUAGCGUUCCUUACCAUUGGGCAAAAAGGACAAAGUCGACCAGAAGAAGGAAGAGCGUAAAAAGAUCAAAGAAACCCAAGAAGACCAACCAAGAAGCAUCGCAAAACGAUGCAGCAGAUCCCGAAAACACAGCGGACGGUGCUUCAAUACACACCGAGGCGACAGCCGAGGAAGCAAGCGGACAGUACGUCGGCGAUAUGGCGAGUGGCGUUGAAAGGACAGCUACAGCUAUCGCCAAGGCGCCAGUGGACCUCUCCAUGGCUCUGGCACAGGGAUUUCACAAUGCUCCUCGACUAUAUGGCGACAAUACGGUACGACGACCCAUUCGAGUAACUGGCUUUCAUUCUGGACUCCGAGCAGCUGGGCACGAGUUUGCCUAUGGUGUCUACGAUGGUUUCACAGGAGUUGUUCGUCUUCCAAUCCGCGGAGCAAAAGAGAAUGGGCCAAUUGGAUUUGUCAAGGGCACAGGUAUGGGCUUGACAGGACUAGUACUCAAGAAUCUGUCUGCUAUUGUUGGUCCGGUCGGUUACACGCUGAAGGGUGUUGUGAAACAGGCCGAACGAUCCAAGACGCCCCAGAAGACCAUCCGUCGGGCUCGCAUGGCUCAAGGACAGAGAGAGUAUAAUGCACUCCCAGAAGAUCACCAGAAACAACUGGAAAAGGAGAUAAUGGACGGAUGGCAUGUCAUGAAGGAGCUAAGAGAGAAACUCCAGGAGUUGGAGAAGCAGCGUGGUAUCGCCGGGCAGAUUGACCGGGUCCUUAUUGAUACCGAGGUCGUGUUCGAAGACGUGGACACUGCCAAAAGGUCGUUGGAAGCGCUCAAGCAAGGAAAGGAUCUUGAGGAUGUGGUAGAUCCUGAUCGAGAUCGUGGUCGUGGUGAAGGAAAGUCUGGCCGGGAUCGAAGCAUGUCGAUUCGAAGAUCGUUGAAUUUUACAAAGAGACAUGGGGAGAAGAAACGCCUCGCAUCGCUGGCUGAUGCUGAUGGUAACAUGGCCGAAGGAGCAGUUCAUUCUGGAACGGAUAGACUGACCGUGCCAGCGAGGUAG